AUGUCUAUUUACACAGUCCAGCCGGGGGAUACCUUGUGGAAAAUCGCUAAUGACCACGGCAUCACUCUCGAUGCACUCAUUGCUGCUAACCCACAGAUCCCAGAUCCCAAUAUGAUUCAGGUUGGACAGGUUAUCAACAUUCCUGGUCCCGCAGGCGGAGAUCCACCGGCCCCUGAGAACCCUCCCGAGCAUCCUCCGCCACCUACCAAUCCGAGCCCACCGACGCACCCCCCUCCUACCAACCCGGGCGGCCUCAGAACUGUCGGCUACUUUACCAAUUGGGGUAUUUAUGGACGGAAUUACCAACCCCAGGAUAUCCCAGCCAGUCAUAUAACACAUAUUCUUUACUCAUUUGCCAACUUACGUGCCGAUAGCGGAGAAGUGUUCCUGACCGAUACAUAUUCUGAUCUAGAAAAGCAUUAUCCUUCGGAUUCAUGGAACGACACCGGCAAUAAUGCCUACGGCUGCAUAAAGCAACUCUUUCUUCUUAAAAAGCAGUAUCGCCAUUUGAAAGUGCUCCUCUCAAUAGGAGGCUGGACGUAUUCCGCGAAUUUCACUGCGGCAGCCACUCCUGAAGGUCGCCAAACAUUUGCUCGUAGUGCUGUGAAACUUCUAGCUGACUGUGGUUUUGAUGGCAUCGAUAUUGAUUGGGAAUACCCUAAGGAUGAUACAGAGGCACAGCAUUACGUCUCGCUUCUCCAAGAAACCAGGGCGGCACUAGAUGAGUACGCGUCGCAGCAUGCACCAGGGAAGCACUUUGCUCUUACGAUUGCCGCUCCAUGUGGCUCAGUCCAGUACUCGGUGCUUCGUAUGGCCGAAAUGGACCCCUACCUUGACUUCUGGAACCUGAUGUGCUACGACUUCGCUGGAAGCUGGGAUUCAGUGGCAGGCCACAUGGCGAAUGUGUUUCCUUCUCGAGACGCCCCAACAAGCACGCCGUUUAGUGCUGAUGCUGCCAUAUCGGCAUACAUCUCUGCUGGUGUUCACCCAAGUAAGGUUGUCUGCGGCCUACCACUGUACGGCCGCGCAUUCGAAAAUACCGAUGGUCCCGGCGCUCCGUACCAAGGCGUGGGCGAGGGCUCAUGGGAGAAUGGCGUGUGGGACUACAAGGCCCUCCCACAAGCCGAUAGCGAAGAGCACAAUGAUGCUCAACUUAUGGCAUCUUGGAGCUAUGCGCCUGGUGCAAGAAAGAUGAUAAGCUACGAUACUCCAGAUAUUGCCGGAAAGAAGGCCGAGUAUAUCCGCAAUAGGGGGCUGGGAGGCGCCAUGUGGUGGGAGCUUAGUGGAGACCAUCCGGUUGGCAGUGAUAGAAGUUUGAUCAAUAUCACAGUCUCUCACAUGGGAGGCACAGAAGCAUUGGAUGGAAGUGAGAACGUGCUAGAAUAUCCAGUCAGUGUUUAUGACAAUUUAAGGAACAAGUUCGAGUGA